GCAGCAGCAGCAGCAGCAGCAGCAGUGGUAGGGGCCUGCACAGAGAGUUUUCAUGUCAGAGUCUGACCUACUUGGUGUCUCAUGGCGAUCUGCUCCAAACUAUAUUUACAUGCAAAAGGAGAUCAUUUACCUGCGAGACAGACAUGCCCACCCAGAUGGUGUUCAUAGACUCAGACCUUGUGUUUUGGUGAAAUGAAAGCAGGUGACAUCUGCAAUGAAUCUGGAAAUGAAGCAUCUGAGAAACUUGAGAGAUUUGUAUUUGUAUUUGUACUUGGCGAAGAAAAACUAUCACCUACUUGGGCCAAUUCGCAGAAGUUUGACUUCUUCAAACAGACCGAUUGUCUGACAAGGGUUUAUUGUCUGUUAAUAGGUUAAGCAUGUUGCCUUUGGGUAUUUCUAUCCUGUCUCUGAAUAGAGCUGAUAGGAUUAGACCUCUAAAGAAGCCACCUUCUGGCAAGGACACUUAACGUACUCUGCCCGCGUAUUGAACCUCUUUCCACAAACGGGUCCAGAGAUAUUUUGAGGUUGUGUUUGUUAUUAGAAGGGUUAAAAGUGGAGGAACUGUGGCCAUUUCUAAGCAACUGGGGAACUGUCACAGUAGUUAAAAGAGCACUGAGUCUCAGUCAGCACUUCAUGGUCAACUAGUUCAGGUGGCUGUUUCAUGAAUCGUCUGGCGUAUCGUGUCAAGCCGGUUGGACACUACAGGGACGGUCCUCUUCUUCAGGCUCGUCUUCUGUAGCUCAUCGUCGUGGACUUUUUAUGUGCACAAGUUUGUCUCACAUCAAGCUUCAGAGAAAGGACAGCUAUGGGAGUACCUAACUCCAGGGAAUACACUUACUAUCACGCUCCAAAUACACCCUUUAAGAUUGUGCUGAAAAGACGUAAUGAGCCUCUCAAGAAGGAGCGUCCAAAAUGGAAGAGCGAGUACCCGAUGACAGAGGGCCAGCUCAGGAGUAAGAGGGAUGAAUUUUGGGAUACAGCUCCAGCCUUUGAUGGACGGAAAGAGAUCUGGGAUGCACUCAGAGCAGCAGCACUGGCGGCCGAGUGCAAUGACCUGGAGCUAGCGCAGGCUAUAGUGGAUGGAGCCUGCAUUACUCUGCCACAUGGCUCUCUCACAGAGAGUUAUGAUGAACUGGGUAACCGCUACCAGCUCCCGGCGUAUGCUUUAGCCCCGCCUGUCAACCUCAUCUCUGAAACAUCCAGUGAUGUCAAAGUGUCUGAUUCCACACAAAAGCAAGCUCAGCCACCUCCCUGCAGACAAGAGUUCCAGCUGCGGGUGCGAUUAUCAACAGGAAAGGACGUGCGUCUGACAGCCAGCCUGGCCGACUCCAUCGCCGAGCUAAAGAAGCAGCUGGAGGAACAGGAAGAAAUUGAUGUGACCCGUCAGAGGUGGUUCUUUUCCGGGAAGCUUCUGACUGACAAGACUCGUCUGCAAGAUGCCAAGAUCCAGAAGGACUAUGUUGUCCAAGUGAUUGUCAAUAUGAAUUCCCCAGUCAUAACUAACUGAGGAGUGAGAGAGAGGUAAUGAUUUGCAGAAAAGAUCAAUUAUGUGCCAGGAGUAGGGCUUCAAAUCACUUUCCAGUUGGUACAGUGGAAUUUUGUGUACAUUUUUAUAUAAUAAAUUAUUGCUUUUUAUUGCUCCUUUUUCUAUUUUUCCUUUUUUCCAAAUGAAGUAAGAAUACUGAAAAGCACUGAAACACUUUAGAUUCAACUUAGAGCCCUAACAUGCACACCCCAGUGUCUGUCUGUUUGUGAAGACAUCAGCUCACAGCUCUGUUGUUUACAUGGCUUCCCCUCCUUGUCAUGUCUGUUUGUACUUGUGCUUAUUGAUAAAUUAAAUGCGGUUCAAUUGGGAACCUCAGUGAAGAAAAGCCAUUCUUUCUCUCUUUUUCUCUCCUCCCUUCUCUCUGUCUUUAUUUUGUAAGUUUUCUGUUAUGCAAUUUGAGAAAUAGAAAGAAAACUGUAAAUAUCAGAUGCAAUAUGUGUUGUUUUCGUCAUGUAUCUACGUGCACAUGCUACGUUUUCAAUGCACAACUGUACAUUCAUGAUAAAGACACGGAAUGUAUCGAAGGCACCUUUAUAAAAGGUAAUAUGAGAUGAUCAGAUUUGUUUUUUAUUUCAUCACUUCAGACAAGAUACUGUAGUUUUAUGUACAAUAUGAUGCUCACUGUACUUGAAUAACUUAUCAAUAAAUAUUGUAAAUUUCAA